AUGGAUAAAAACGAGCUGGUACAGAAGGCCAAACUGGCUGAGCAGGCUGAGCGAUAUGAUGACAUGGCAGCCUGCAUGAAGUCUGUAACUGAGCAAGGAGCUGAAUUAUCCAAUGAGGAGAGGAAUCUUCUCUCAGUUGCUUAUAAAAAUGUUGUAGGAGCCCGUAGGUCAUCUUGGAAGGUCGUCUCCAGUAUUGAGCAAAAGACGGAAGGUGCUGAGAAAAAACAGCAGAUGGCUCGAGAAUACAGAGAGAAAAUAGAGACCGAGCUAAGAGAUAUCUGCAAUGAUGUACUGUCUCUUUUGGAAAAGUUCUUGAUCCCCAAUGCUUCACAAGCAGAGAGCAAAGUCUUCUACUUGAAAAUGAAAGGAGACUACUACCGCUACUUGGCUGAGGUUGCGGCUGGUGAUGACAAGAAAGGGAUUGUGGAUCAGUCACAGCAAGCAUACCAAGAAGCUUUUGAAAUCAGCAAAAAGGAAAUGCAACCAACACAUCCUAUCAGACUGGGUCUGGCCCUUAACUUCUCUGUGUUCUAUUAUGAGAUUCUGAACUCCCCUGAGAAAGCCUGCUCUCUUGCAAAGACAGCAUUUGAUGAAGCGAUUGCUGAGUUGGACACGCUGAAUGAAGAGUCCUACAAAGACAGCACCCUGAUCAUGCAGCUGCUGAGGGACAAUCUCACUCUGUGGACGUCGGAAAACCAGGGAGACGAAGGAGAUGCUGGGGAGGGAGAGAACUAA